UCAGCAAGCAGUGACCAUAAACGCAAACUGCACGAAACGAGUAGAACAGUCAGUCAGUUUCCAAUUUUUUGUCUUUUUAUCUCUACUAAAUAAUUUAUUUUAUUACUUUCGUUCUUGACAAAAAUUGUCAAUGAAUUGUAUAUACAGCAAGGAACAACAAAUAUGAAAGAAAAAUGGAACUUCACUUUAUAUCUCCUCUGGUUUUCUUAUUUAAUUUUAUCAGCAAUUCUUAUGUUCGGGCGUGGAUUUUUAUUGUCCCGCAAAACAUUGAAUGAUGUUACUGAUUGCGUUCCUCUUCGAGAUUUUGGCUGUGAUGGUCAUGAAAAAGGGAACUCAACUGAUGUAUGUAAUAAAGAAGAGAAGAUACGACGAAUUUUAGCUAACCCCGGCGCGGUAAUAGCGUGCGCGCCCACACGUCAAAGAGUUGUUUUCUUACUAGUAGAUGCGCUACGAUAUGACUUUACGGAGUACAAUCCUGACAUAGAAAAUCCUCUUCCUUAUCAGAACCGUUUACCAAUAAUAAAGGAGAUGCUGGAACGCUCCCCGAAUUGCACAAGGUUGUUUCGUUUUAUGGCAGACCCACCCACUACGACACUGCAGCGUGUAAAAGCGCUUGUUACCGGCUCUUUGCCCACUUUUAUUGACGCAAGUUCUAAUUUUGCUGCAAUGGAAUUGCAAGAAGAUAAUGCAAUUGAUCAGGUUGUAAAAGCUGGUGGCAAAAUAGUGUUGCUGGGAGAUGACACAUGGGCGAGAUUAAUACCAGGCAGAUGGUUGAGAUCUCAUGCUAUGUACUCUUUUCAUACCUGGGACCUUGACACAGUUGAUACAGAAGUGGAUUCAAAAAUAUAUAAUGAAUUGAAGAAAGAUGAUUGGGACUUACUUGUGGCCCAUUAUCUUGGUGUAGACCAUGCUGGACAUAGGUAUGGCCCUAAUCAUGCCGAGAUGAAAAGAAAACUGGAUGAAACUAAUAAUAGAUUAAAGAAAGUAAUAGAGAUGUUACCUCCUGAUGUAUUACUCUAUGUUGUUGGGGACCAUGGAAUGACUGAAACAGACUCACAAGAAGGGAAUGAAUCUGUGGGAGAUCAUGGUGGUGAAAGUAAAGCGGAGCGUACAGCAGCAUUCUUCGCAUACCGAGGAUUGGGACUAGGUGGUGACAAAGAAAAUAACAAACCAGGCAAAGAAGUGCAACAAACAGAUCUAGCGCCUACACUCAGUGCUGCACUCGGUAGGCCGCCGCCUGCUCCAUCCCUUGGCAACAUUUUACUGCCAGUGUUGCCAACAUUACCUAUUUCGCAUACUUUAUUACAUUUGAGUAAUAAUUUGAAACAGAUAAAGCAGUAUUUAGUUCGAUAUGGAGAAGAAUCUCAACAAAUACCUCUAGACAAACUAGCUCACCUAAUUAAUGCUACCAGAGAACAAAUAGAUAAAGCUGCUACAAUUGGAAGUGAAUCUGAGUUAUCAGUUUAUGUUACCGAUGUUAGGACAUUGAUAGAAAACAUACGCGGAGUUUUUAGAGAUGUUUGGGUCGAAUUCGAUUCCCUGUCAAUGUUGAGAGCUCUACUAUUGCUUCUUUUAGCAAUAUUUUUCAAUUGUCUGAUAACAGAAGGUCUUCCUAUAGAUAAGAUUCCACAUGUUUUUGCCAGUUCAUUUAUCCCAAGUGGGAUCAUUUCAGUGACUAUAUGUAUAGGAAUAUGUUAUACUGCAUUUUAUUUCCAAUUGCUCGAGGAUGUGGAGCACGCCGUUAUCUUGAGCACUGGCCUUGUUUCGGGAGCAUUAAUUUGUGCACUUGUCAUCAUGCACUGGAAUGGCAUUACCCAGAGAUGGUACGAAACCCGCUUACUCUUUUACGAGCGUUUUGCUAGAGCAGCUCUCGUUGGAUCAGCAGCUAUUUUAGUAUCUAAUAGCUAUAUUAUAGAAGAAGGUGCUAGUCUUGCCUUUCUUUCGCUAUCAAUAUUGGCAACAAUUGUUUGGAACAUCGGUACAAUCAAAGCUUUAGCAUUGUGGGCGUCUUGCGGGAUUGUUCUGGCUCUGUCUAGAUCUUAUAGAGGAUGUAGAGAAGAACAGGGCGACUGUUGGACUCAAGGAGGGGGAGCCUCCGCCGGUCCAGCGUCUAGAGCGGCGUUAGUAUUAGCGCUGGGAUCCGUAGCAGCCACUGUAGCUGUUGCUAGACGUCAUAUCGGCUGGCGGGGACAUGGAGUAGUCUUAUCCGGUUUAUUUACAUGCGCUCAUUGGGCGGUCGGCUGGGGUAGUCUCGGCUCUCCAAGUAGGUCGAGGUUAUUAGCUCGCGGUGCCUGGCUUGUGCUAGGUUCUAUGUUCGUUCUGCUGUGGAGGAAAGAAAAUCGUGAUGCAACUUUACCUUUAACGGUUUGUGGGUUGUUGCUCUAUGUGGCAAAUAGUUUGGUGCUAGGCGCGGCAUUUGCGCCUUCAGCAGCGCUUGCUCUUUUAUCAGGGUUUCUUGUUCUAAAUAUCGUGCCUAUGAUGAAGAGUGAAGGGUCUACAAAAUUUUCUUUAUUGACUAGGUGCAGCUCUAGUGUAGCGUGUUUAUGGGCAUUGCUUGCGUCAUACUAUUUCUACGGUACGGGGCACCACGCCACUCUUGGCCAUAUCCGCUGGGCGCCUGCAUUCCACGCUGGCGAUCCUAAUUACUUGCCCAUCGGGCCCCAAGUAACCGGCUCUCUCGUGUUUCUUGACCUUUUUGGUGUGCCGUUGAUGUUUGGGGCGGCGCUACCGUUGUUGGUACUGUGGAGCCGCGGAGGUGCGGCUGUAGGGCCGCGGUCGCAGCUCGCUGCCGCCUUCAUUCUUUCUCUCAAAUUUGCGAUCUGUUUCGCCGUUAGGGUGUUCGCGAGUGCAAUAUCAGCUACCAUCCACUGUCGCCAUCUCAUGAUAUGGGGUGUGUUUACACCCAAGCUAUUAUUUGAAUGCGGCGCGUGCGCAGCUGCUCUUACCGGAACCGUCAUUGGGUUAGCAUUAACGACCUGGCAUCUACCGACGCAACAACGACAUAGUUGACACAAGCAUUCUAGAUAAUAAAAUAUUAGGCGAAUAUACAAAUUUAUAGUAAUUUAAAUGGAGUUGACAUGUAUGUAAAGCAGAGUUUCCACUACAUUGUCCGCUUGAUAAGUAAAUACUCAACUAACCGAGAUUCGGUGGAAAUUCAAGUUCGAAUCAGUCUAGAAGAAAACGGCUUUAUAUUAUCUUUAUAUCUGUUUUAUUCAGCCACUAGCACUUGUGCUUUUUCUGUGGGCUCGGCGAAACAACUGGAUCGAAGUGUGAAUAAGAUCUUAUAAGUAAUGUUUCUGUCAAAGUACUAACACAUAUUUCAUUAUUUUAUAGGAGUGUGGACACAUUACAAUUAUGAAAAUCUAGACAUAUAUCUUUUCAUCUCAUUGUGUUACCAUUUUUAAAUUAUUUUUUUUAUCAUGUGUCAAAUGUUCAUUGUUCAUACAUAUAUGUAGUACACUAGAUUAAAAAAAUAACAUUGUUAUUUUUUAUUUAUUGUAAUUUUUUUUUUGUUCUUCAUAACUUCGAAUUUAUAUUUGAACAUGUAAAAAUUAUCAAAAGAUUUUAUCUCUUCCAAUAAAACGUACCAAUUCUAGUCUUCAACUUAGUAUUGUGAAACUAUUUUAGUUAAAAUAAUUAGGAAUGAAAAAGUGUGGGGAAUGAAAAUAAUUGAUUAGCAGUUUAGAAGGUAUAAAAUGUCCUUGAAUAAUAAUGAUAAUAGACUUGAAAGAAUUCUUAAUCCAUGUUGAAAGUUUCAAUUAAUUGCGGAUUAGUUUUUACUGUUUGACUUGUUUUGAAUUUAGGAAUUAAAAUAUGGUGUAACCUAUAAAAUGAAAAAAAAACAUCUUAGUACAAUCAUUUGUUUUAUUAUGUUUUACGUAUGUUUAGAAUUUAAAUAUUUGGAACAAACUAUAAAAGCUUAUUUUUUUUUGUUACAUACCAAAUUUAACAUCUAUUAGGAACCAAAACAUAUUUUUAAACUGCUAAAUCAAAUAUUCUGAGUUUAGGAUAAGCUGUAUUGUGCGAUUUUUUUUAAAGGAAUGUUUUUACAAGUAUUUUAUAAUUACGGGUUACUUUGUGCUUAAAUGAUUGUAAGUGUUCCAAUCAGGUCCCGAUCUAGUGAAGAGCAAUCCAGGCAAUUGCCUAGUAUGGCAAAAUAAAGUUUAUCUUGCUGUUAAAGAGCGGCAAAGUAUCUAAGAUCAGGCACUGGUUUUCAUGCCGUAUUUUUUUUAAAUAGUCGCUAUACAAAGUAUUCAAAUUGUAUAUUAUGAUGACGAUUAUAUUGUAAAAUAUGACACUAAAACACUGCCAUAUCGGCUGAUAGUUUUAAAUAACAAAUUGUUAUAAAUAUAGAAAAUGUUGACUUGUUCAAUUUAAAUUUUUAUAAUGUUGUUAAUAAAAUUGCUUUUCAUAAAUUGUAAAUUAUAUCCCUUGUGUGUCGUGUACAGAAGUAUUGAAAAGACAAAUGUUUUAGCAUUAACUAUUUUUUUUUAUUUUUUAUUUUCUAGAUAUAAAAGACAGGUUAUUUAGAAUUAGCAUACCAUUUAUAAUCUUUAAUUGGCUAUGGGAAAAUUUCCUGUUUUAAUAAGUAUUAUUAAAAGUGUCUAGCUAUGUUCAAAUAUCCGCAAAAUUUGAUGGAUAUAUUUACCUACCAAAAUUUGCUAAAAAGGCGUGGUAAAGUGAUGUUCUGUACUUGUCAAUUUACAUAUUAUUUAUACUGUUAGUUCCGCUAUUUCUGUGUGGAUUAACCUAACAAUAAAUAUAACUGCAGCAUCUAAUUAAAUCGUUAACUAUUUAAUUGCGUAAUACAUAUGCUUAAAUUCUACCUGACCUGUCGCUUUGUACCUCCAAUUUGCAGUCAUAUAAUUCUUUUUUUUUUAAUUCUUAAUUUUAUUUAUAUUAUUCUGUAAUAUAAUUUAUGCUUAAUUAAAAUAUCUUUCUACUUAUAAUAUUACCGUAGAUAGUCUUGUGCAGUGCAACGACAUGUAAAUGGUACCUUGUCGCUUUAACAGUUUAUUAGUAUAUCUAGUUAAAAUAUUAAUAAUAACAUACUCUGGUUACAUACCUUUUACCUCAUAAUAAUGUUAUAUAAAGAAUUCCCCCCACAUCCUUCUCCAACUUGUAAAAGUUAUUGUCAGACAUACAUAUAGAUGUCAUGCCUUACAAAUAGCAAUAUUAUUAGCAUAGUCGGGUACAAAUAUUCAUUCCAUUGUGGAUGUAAUAUAAAAUAUGAGUGAUUAUUUACUAGAUAUUGUUAAUAUCAGUUAUUUUAUGCAUUUGA